AUGGACCCUUCAAUCAAAGUGAAGGUCAUUAUUGCUCAGAUUCAGGCUUUGUAUAACUACACAAUUAGUUAUAGAAAAGCUUGGUUGGGAAAAAAUAAGGCAAUCGAACAAAUUUAUGGCAAUUGGGAAGAGUCUUACAAUCAACUUCUACGAUGGUUAUUAGUUAUGCGAACGUUUGCUCCAGGAACCAUUAUUAAAAUGGAAACAAUCCCAGCUUAUAAUGAACAUAGUUUGGUAAAUGGGAUGACAAUCUUUCAUAGACUAUUUUGGGCUUACGUUCCAUGCAUAUCUGCGUUUAAAUUUUGCAAACUAAUUGUACAAGUUGAUGGAACUUGGUUAUACAACAAGUAUAAGGGAACUCUAUUGGUAGUAGUUGCGCAGGAUGGGAACGACAAUAUCAUUCCAAUUGCUUAUGCUCUUGUGGAAGGUGAGACAAAAGAGGCUUGGGGGUUCUUUUUUAGAAAUUUGAGAUCACACGUCACUCCACAAGCCAACAUUUGUUUGAUUUCAGAUAGACACGAAUCUAUCAAAAGUGCUUACAAUAAUCUCAAUAAUGGGUGGCAACAUCCUCCGUCAAAGCAUGUGUUUUGCGUCCGACAUAUUGCACAAAAUUUUGCAAGGGAAUUUAAGGAUAAUGCUUUGAAGAACAAGGUUACUCAACCAAUGAGUCUACAUAACGAUACUACCGCAAAGAAAUUGGCAUCGUAA